AAAAAGCAGUGCGUCAUUGUUAUUACUUUUGUUGUUGUUGUUUUUAACUACUGCAUUACUACUACUGGCAGGUAUAAUUGCCCUAUAAAAACGGUUAUUUACUUACUCUCAUCUUUCUUUUUCGCAUUCUCCUAUGGACUCUACCAUUUAAUGAAGAGAAUGAGCUCUACCUCUUGGACUCGAUCAUAUCAACCAAAACAGCAUUUGUUAACAACAGACAACUUGCAGCGGUAUACAUCCAUGUAUCCACAUAGUGCACACGUUCGGCAGCAACGCGCGAUAGAAUACAUUGAGCAGCAAACUGAAAUUGUCAAACAUGAGCAACAGAUACGAUGGGAAGAAAAAAAACAACAGAUUCAUCAUCCCACUAGUAGCACCAUUGCACCGACAGUUGUAGCUACAACCACAGCAUCGACAGCAUCAUUAUCAACAACAAAAACACGGCUGAAAUCACUGGUACUACAUCAUCGAGUGGGUCGACUGAUCGCUUCCAUGGUGUACAACAACUGAAGAAAACAAAGAACUUGGUCCUCUCUCUCUCUCUCUCUUUUUUUUUAUCGUGAUUUAUCAGCAAUUGGGUUGGCAUGGAUCGUCACAUUGCGUAUACGC